AUGUGUUUUUUUAUAUUUUGGGGAGGGGAGGGGGGUUCCUAUUGAACCCCGAUUGCGCAGACUCUGCUACUCUUGCUGCUCGCCCAGGAGUACAAUUGUAAAAAGUUCAACACAACCACCAUGGUUAUAAAAGUAUUUUUGGCGACGUCCUCAGGUUCCACUGCGAUCAAAAAGAAGCAGCAAGAUGUCGUGGGGUUCUUAGAAGCCAAUGGGAUUGAUCACGAGCAGUUAGAUAUUGCCUGUAAUGAAGACAACAGAAUGUGGAUGAGAGAAAAUGUUCCUGGGGAGAAGAAGCCAACAAAUGGGAUCCCGUUGCCUCCUCAGAUCUUUAAUGAUCAGAGUUAUUGUGGGGACUAUGAGACAUUCUUUGAUGCAAAGGAACAAAACCAGGUUUUUGCGUUUCUAGGCCUUGCUCCUCCUCCUGGAUCAAAGGAAGCCCAACUUGCUGAAAAGGCUCAUAUUCUUCAGAAUGGGAAUGUCCCACAUGAAGAGCACAAAUCUACAGAUCUUAACCACGAGGAAGAGGAGAUUGCAGACAAGGAGGAAGAUGAGUUAUUAGCUAUAGAGGAUGAAGAUGAGCAGCCUGCCACCGAGGGUGAAACAGAUCUACACGUUUCUGAGGAUGAAGAAGAAGAAGAACUAAACAUUGAGGAUGAUGAAGAAGCUCCCGAGGAUGAAGAAGAACCCAUUACAGAGGAUGAAGAUGAGACAGAGGAGGAUUCAUAAUUUCACAUUUUGGAAUUUCAACUCCAUGCUUUUAUUGAAGAAAGCAGCAACCCAGUGACAACCUUAACAUACUUAAUGUGCACCAGCAGCUCAAACUCCUGAUUGAUUGCUCAAAUUAAUUUCUCUGAGCCACAGAUGGAGAAGACAAACCUCAACUACUGCAGUUAAACAUUUCUGUUCUGGCCCACCUAACAAAAAAGACUUAUUGUGUGUAGCCCAUCAAGGGAUCAGAAAAACCUGCACCUCAUCUUUCAUUCACAGUCACUUAAAGUAACAAACACAUUUCCCAUCCUCUAUAAUUUGAAGACUCCUUGAUUAUCUAAUCAUUUGUGCUAGAUACAGGCUAUGAUGAUGACUAAAGCUUUGCUGAUGACUUUGGCCAUGGUGCCAUCAUCUAACUUUCAAUUUCUCCCAGAUUUAAAAUAAUGUUUUGUCUUAUCAACCAGUUAUUUGUGUUUUAUCUUUUAAAAAUUAGAAUUAAUAGCAUUCAGAUUAACCUGGUAGGCAUUUAUAUUUUUAUUUGUAGGUACGUAGCUACCUAGUGUAACAGAUUUAAUUUCAGUGGUGUGGCUUAGACAUGCAUCUGACAUUAGUUGUUACAAAUUAUUGAGCUGUUCAUUGUUGAAAAUGAAAUUGUGUCUCUUUUUUUCAACAUCACCCAUUACAAAAGUCUUACAAUCAGGAGGAACAUCCCAGAACAUUUUAAUAGCUGGCAUGUGUCAUUCUGUUACUUUGGAGCGACUGUACUGUGUUAAACAAUACCUCUGUCAAAGGUUACAGCAGUUUAAUGUCUAUAACAUUUAAAAGUGUAGUGAGGGCAAAUUUUUCAUAAUCACCAAUCUGAUUUGUAAAAAAAAAAUGUUGAUAAUAAAAUAUUGACACUGUUUAA